AUGGAUCCAUUACUACAACCAGACGUCGAAAAUGUAACAGUUAACAGAUUUACGGGAGUUGAUACGGAAGGACUAAAACGAGACCUUCAAAGGUAUGCAAACAAUUCAUAUGAAUCUGUAGACAACCCCAGAAUCUCAUUGCAAGACAUCGACGCUAACGACAACAUGUCGUCCCAUCAGAAUCUGCUGAAUAUGGAGAUUAGCACUAAUGCUAUUCUGAAUGUGUGCAUAGGUUGUAAUGAGACAUAUACGGGUGACUCGGGUGAGAUCAAUGUAAGGGUAAACAUCACCGAAAUGACAUCCGAUUUAUGGAUAUGUCGGGUGUAUAUAGUGGUCGACCACACAAAGAGCAUAUCGUUAACAAUCGACGAGAUUAAUGCCAAGUCUUAUGUGGACUUACUUUACAUAUACAACGGCAAUGAGAAACGGGAUUCAACAACAAGAACAUUUAACAUGUUCGACAAUAUCACAUAUGAAAACAUUAAAUGGAUAGAUGACGAGGCCUUCCAAUGCAACAGAACCUAUAUUGGUGAUAGUGGUGAUAUAAGCCUGGUCCAACAAGCUUCUGAGCUAACAAUACCAUUGAUAUGCUAUUGGAGUAUAAGUGUGGCCACCAAUAUGAGUUGUGGACUUGAAUUAACUGAACGCCAGGGUAUUAUCCAUAGUCCUGGUUAUCCCAAUGGAUAUUACAAUAAAAUUAACUGCGAGUGGAAGAUACGGGUGCCUAAGAAUCACACCAUUAUAUUACAUUUUAUCGAUUUUCAAACAGAGGACUCUGAUCAUUUAGAAAUCGACCCAAACGUGACAUUUUUGGUGUCGGCAUACAAUGUGUUACUAAAAGUACAUUCAAAUCAUGUGAAGACCAUUGCUAUGAAUGGCGAUCGAGUGUCCGCUCUAUUGGAUUACAAUCUAAAAGAUGAUCGCAUUGUUUGGUUUGAUCCGCAAAAACAUAAAUUUAUACUGAAGUCCAUUGAAUCAACUGUUGAUAUGUCCGAUGAGAUCGAUGUCGUGGGACAGCCUAAUAGUCUAUUACUCGAUUGGGUCAACGAUUUACUCUAUUGGAUAGACAUUAAGUCAAAGACAAUCAAAGUUUUGCAUUUCAAAGACACUGAGAGUGUGUAUACUGUUUGUGAUAUAAAGACUGAAAAUCCUCGAGAUUUAGUGAUAAAUGUUGUGAAAGGAGUACUCGUUUGGAGUAAUAUUGGGUUUGAGGCAAACCUAAUGCAAACACAUUUAGACGGAAUCGACUAUCAGACACAACGAUAUUAUUUCAUUGAUAUCAACGAUCACUCGCUCUAUAGUAUAGACUUCGAUGGAAAUAAUGAGACAUUUAUUUUAAAAUCCAAAGAACUCUUCGAUGAAAUCCAUUCGAUUUCAAUCUUUAAUAAUGACUUAAUUCCGGAACUGGAUUUACAGUUAAACAGAGCACAUACAUCGAUCGGCGAGAGUUUACUUAUUUUAAAAUUAUGGAUCCAUUACUACAACCAGACGUCGAAAAUACUAAAACGAGAUCUUCAAAGGUAUGCAAACAAUUCACGGGAAUCUGUAGACAACCCCAGAAUCUCAUUGCAAGACAUCGACGCUAACGAUAACAUGUCUUCGCAUCAGAAUCUGCUGAAUGGAGAAAUAACUGAGUUCAAUUAA